AUUCCGCGCAUUCCAGGGGCCGUGAACAAUCGGAGCUCGGUCAUUUAUUAGCAGAGCCCCUCCCCUUCUGAGCUCAGUCUGCUGGAGGAGCUCUCCAGACGCGCACGCAGCUCAAACAUACGCAUGGAAAUAAAAGCCGUACCCAACGAAUUUCCUUAAGGAUUAUAAUCGUUAAACAGAUAAACGAGAACAGAAAGUCGUCCGUAACUUUUGGUCGUGAUGCGACUGUGAUUCGGUUCACAGUAAAGUCCAAAAAAACUCUCCUAGCACGGUAUCAUUGAUUACUAUCUGCAAAACAAAGACUGAAAUGAGAACGGCAGAGGAUUCGUCAGGCACUGUGCUGCAUCGACUGAUUCAAGAGCAGCUCCGUUAUGGGAACCCUACUGAUCCUACUCUGUUGGCCAUCCAGCAGCAGGCUCUGCGUGGAGGCAGCAGCGGUGGAGGUGCAGGAAGCCCACGUUCAUCCUUGGAAAGCCUAACGCAGGAAGAGUCACUUUCUCCUCAGUUGUCCACCAGGCAAGAGCCCCAGGGCCAAGAGCAUCAGGGGGACUACCAGCAUUCAGAGAGUCCCAUCUGCCACCUCUAUCAGCUCCACACAGAGGAGCUGCCUACUUAUGAGGAAGCGAAGGCUCACUCACAGUACCUGGCCUACCAGAGAGGACAGGUAGGGCUUCAGCACGGCAGUCUGGAGACCCCCGGUGUGGUUGGAGGAGCCGAGCAAGAAGAGAGAGUGUGGGAUAUGAAGCGAGAACAUGCUCGCUCGCUCAGCGAACACCUCAUGCAGCUUUCGCUGGAGAGGAACUGUGCCCAUGACAGUAUUCCCAUGAGCUCAUCGCAUAGCUACCCCCAGCUCUCUAAUAACCACUCUGGUCCUGUUGUAAACGAGAGGCCAAUGCAUGAGCCAGACCAACGCGGUCCACCCCCGGAAUACCCCUUCAUGGUCAGAUCCCCUGGAUAUAUGCUUAGUCAUUCACAGGAACAUGGGCAGUAUUACAAAGAGCCUCCCCCUGCUUUCCAUUCACAGCAUCAUAGGUUAUUUCCAACACAGUCGCAAACUCCCCGCCAUAGUGGCCUGCCCACGUUGACCCCUGCUGGUCAGGAUGUCAUUGUUGGAGGAUACAGCAUCCCGGUGAACAACUGCCAAGUAGAGCAGCUCAUUAAAGAGAACGAAAGACUGCGAGGAGAAGUGGAGAGCUACAGCGAGAAGGCAGCAAGGCUACAGAAGCUUGAACUGGAGAUUCAGAGGAUAUCGGAGGCCUAUGAGACUCUUAUGAAGGGAUCUGCAAAGAGAGAAGCCCUUGAGAAAACCAUGAGGAACAAGCUUGAGAGUGAGAUCAAGCGACUUCAUGACUUCAACAGAGAUCUCAGGGACCGCCUGGAAACAGCCAGCAAACAGAGAGCAGCCAUGGAAGUUGAAGACAAGAGUCGGCAUGCCUUUGCCAAACUGGUUGAGCGAAAUGAAGAUCACCUUAGAGAGCGGGAACGUCUGGAGAAAGAGCUGCAGCAUCUGCAUGUCUCAGGAGAAGAAUGGAAGAGGCGCAGAGAAGCCUUGGAGCAAGCGCUGAUGUCCGCUCAGACACGAAACAGGCAGCUGGAAGAAGAGUUACGAAGGAAAAGAGCUUAUGUUGAGAAGGUGGAGAGAAUGCAAAGCGCCCUGGCACAGUUGCAGGCGGCAUGUGAGAAGAGGGAGGCGCUGGAGUUAAGAUUGAGGACCAGACUGGAGCAGGAGUUAAAGAGCCUGAGAGCACAACAGUGGAAGUCUCAAGCCCAGCAAACGAGUCCUGGGUCCUACUCAGACCUUAGCAUGUCAUCUUUGCAUCAGCAGCUGAGGGAGCGAGAGGAGCAGGUUCUGGCCCUGGAGGCUGACAUAACCCGCUGGGAGCAGAAGUAUCUUGAGGAGAGCACAAUGCGUCAGUUCGCCAUGGAUGCUGCUGCUACUGCUGCAGCUCAGAGAGAUACAACAAUCAUCAACCAUUCACCUCGCCAUUCGCCCAAUAGCAGCUUCAAUGAGGACUUGCCAUCCCCUAACCACAGACAUCAGGAGAUGGAAAACCGGAUUCGGGCGCUUUAUGCUCAACUUUUGGAGAAGGAUGCCAUUAUAAAGGUCAUGCAGCAGAGGUCACGACGGGAGCAAGGCCGUCCUGAGUCACAAGGCCUACGACCUGCUCGAUCUGUUCCCUCCAUCAACACGGUUUCCACAGCUAGCACGCGAACCAAAGGGAAGAGCCUCUCAGAUGACCAGACGGCAGCCGCGUCAUUGCCCCCAUUGCCCCAUCCGCUAGCCAAAACCCAGUGUCGAGACAGCAGCACCCAGUGUGAAGAACCUUCAUAUGAGACCAACCCUAAAACAGAACCUUCUCCACAAUCUUCCAUUGCUCUCAGUUCUGAUUCCACUGUUCUCAACACAAGCCAGAUCAGCAGCGCGGUUGAAAACGACAUGGUGGAGAUUCUCAUCUAAGAUGAAUGGGUGUUCAGCUUGAUGCUGCCUGUUGUUCUUACACACAGAAGAUUCUCGUUGGGUGUCCAUCUGAGGACCAACCACAUAAGAGAAUCCCGUGCUUGCUAUGAGAAGGACCUCGCCAUUGAAGCAUCAGACAGAGAGGAAAAACGAAUAGUGGGAGUAACCUAAAACUGAUCCUCGCUGAAGGAGAGCUGAGCUCUUCUGACAGUUCCUCCACACGUUAAAGGACAGUGUUCAUUCUCAGCCUGGACUGUGAGAUGUUAUGGUCUGAAUGUGAGGUACUUGAACAGUACUCUACAGAGCUCCAAAAAGCUACCACAAGACUUCUUAAAUGCUUAUAAACACAUUGUACAUGUUCUUUUGUAUUUAUGAGUAUUGCUGCUGACUAUGUGACAGAAAGGAGAAAUAGGAAGAAAUAUCCCACUGUUGUGAAACUUGUUUUUGCAUUUGUUUUUCGUUUGAGGAACAACCAAGGGCAGUGUUGAUGUUGUUUUUGUCCCUUUUUUUUUUUUUUUUUUUUUUUUUUUUUUUAAACCAACUAAGUAUACCGACCCGUGUAAGAUUAUAUCCCACAUUCCUAGAUAAAAGUACAGACAAAUAUAUCUCUAACUUUAUGUGCUCCAUGUAUAGUAGAUGUACCAUCGCAACUGCUUCAUCCUUAAAUAUCAAGAAAAAAAUAGUUUGGAUUGUAGGAGGCCAGAUACAGUUUGAACCUGGAGUCCUGGGAUUAGACAAUUUACCAGAAUAGUUGGGUAAAUACUUCACUAGCACUCCCUUUGACUAAAUUAUCAGUACAGUUGGUGUUCUUACUAUAAUUGACUGACACCGGGUGCUUCUCUCUCCCAGAUUUAAGUAGAGGAAUGGGAAGCCUCCUUUCGGGCACAGUGGAUGAAAGACAGGGGGCUGAUGUUUCAGAUGCCACAUUAUUAUUAUUAUUAUUAUUAAUAAUAUUAUUUUGCGCCCAGAACUGCAACCACCAUGCUCGCCACUCCCUCGCAGACAAGCCGGAGCUAAUCUUCCCACAUUCCUUUGUGGCGGAAUGCCCCUGCUCAGAGGAAAAAGGCUAUCUACAGUCUGACCUUUGGCCUUGUUCAAAAUGGCUGGCAUUUAGACUACCAUCCUCUUUUUGGAUCUGUUUAUUUGUGUUGUGCUGCAGUAGCUGGUUCUACUGUUAGCAUAUGACGCUAGUUUGAUUUUGUGACUCAAAGGUCCUCUGAUGUGACUGUGACUUGCCUUGAUAUCUGGGACAGAGAGUUUUCUGCCUGUUUGCAAUCAAGACUAGCAUUAUAGUGGGAUAAUGACAUGAAAUGUUACCGUGAAAACAAACAGUCUUAUCUAUGUGGGUAAUAAGUAUCAUAACAUGUUAAUUUAACCUUUCUCGCUAUCAUUAAAUGCUACUUUUAUUUUCCUGUUGGCUCUAAUACAACGCACUUGCUGGUCAAUGCUUUGUAGUGGAGUCAUGCUUGUUUUGUUCACUAUUUGGACUGUUUACAGAAAGGGCUGUUUUGAAACGAGAGAAUUUAAUAUAUUUUGUGUAUUAUUUUACUUUUUGGUAUUUAGUAAUGUGAACAUGCCAAAGAUUUGCAUUACGAUUAAGUUAUAUAAUAAAAUAUGAGCAUUAGCGACGUGAAAUGUAGAUACGCAGUUCAAACUGGUUGACCCAUAUUUGGAUGUUGCUGUGAACUUCAAGAAUGGGGAAUUUUGUAUGUCAUUUAACAUUUCAGUAAUUUGAAUAAAACUUUAAUAUAUAUCUUUACAAA